AUGAGAGAUGAACAUGGGGUAGGUGUAACGUACAAUAAAGCAUGGAGAGAAAAAACACUUGCAGCUGAUGAUGUUAGAGGGUCAAAUGAGGAAAGUUAUGCAUUGUUGCCUUCAUAUUUGUAUAUGUUACAGUUGGCCAACACAAGAACUAUCACAAGAGUAUGUAAAGAUGAAGAAAACAGGUUUAAAUACAUGUUUAUUGCUUUUGGUGCUUCAUUGGAUGGAUGGAAGCAAUCUUGUGUUAAAGAUGGAAACAAUCAAAUUUUUCCGCUCGCCUUUGGAAUUGGGGAUUCAGAAAAUGACAAUGCAUGGAUAUGGUUCUUUACAAGACUAAAAGAAGCAAUAGGAGAUCGAGAAAACUUGUGCAUAGUAUCUGACAGGCAUAAAAGCAUCAAAAAUGCAGUUGAACAAGUGUAUCCUGGUGUAUAUCAUGGAGUUUGUCUUUAUCAUUUGAAGCAAAAUCUAAGGACUAAGUUUAGGGGAUUACAUGUGCAUGCCAUAUUUGAAACUGCUUCAAGAGUGUACUCAGCUCAAGAAUAUUAUUCUGCCAUGGCUGAAUUACAAAAAAAUAUCCCUAAAAUGACCACUUAUCUUUUGGAAGCAAAACCAGAAAAAUGGGCUCGGCCAUUCUUUCCAACGAAAAGGUAUAACAUUCUUACAAGUAACAUUGCCGAAUCUAUAAAUGCAGCAAUUGUGCAUGCGAGAGAAUUUCCUAUAACGUCGUUAAUAGAAGCUAUAAGAGAGAUGCUUCAAAGAUGGUUUUCAUCAAGAAAAGAAGCAGCAAUCAACCAAUUUGUUGAGGUGACAAAAUGGGAAAAUGAUGAAAUGGAGAUCAAACUUGAUGUGGCAUUUCGAAUGAAGGUAGAUGCAAUUGAUGCAAUGAAAUCUAGUGUCGCAUAUGGUGAUCGAGUGUUUAUUGUCGACUUGGAACAACAUAUGUGCACAUGUAAUGAAUUUCAACUAAAGGGAAUUCUAUGUGCACAUGCUAUUGCAACAAUUGAAAGCAAGUACUUGGACAAGUACAAAUUUUGCUCAAAUUGGUAUAAAAAUUCUGUUUUGAAACAGACAUAUGUAGGAUCAAUUAAUCCUCUUCCAGAUAAAGUUGAUUGGAGUGUCCCAGAUGAAAUUAAAGGAGAUAGCAUGAAAGCUCCAAAAUUCAAAUCUAAAGACUAUAAAGAUGCAAUGUUAUACAUAUUUGUUGCGUUGUGGACUUGUGGAUAA